AUGGGAGUCAACUGGGAUAUGGCAGCAUUUUAUGCCGCGCUGGCGAUCUUUGCUGCCCCUAAUAUUUGCAAGGCAGUCUUAUGGGUUAGCUACAAGAUCUUGCACACCACCCAGCGAAUGCCUUUAUUCGAAUGGGAGGACAUACCGGAGGGGAAGCUCCAUCACUGUCCGGUUGACGGCUACGAAUACUCCAUAUUUGGUCCUGACCAAUGCCAGUGCAAGGGCAAGAAAUCAGACGACUGGGGCGACUCUAUCAGGACAAUAUUUAAUGUCGGCUGGGAAAGUCAUCGCACAAAUCCACGAUUUGUGGAUUAUGUGCCCGAUUUUCUGUCCCCCCGCGAGCUUCAUUCAUCGACCAAACGCGAAUUGGAGCUCAUACUUGCUGGCUAUCCCCCCUGGUACCGGGAGGAGUUCUUCACAAAUGCUGGGUUCACACUCUCAUUCCCCCUGUCGAACAACCCUCCAAAUAUGAGCGACGUCGUAAGAGGAGGUUGGGUCGUCGCUGUGGGGCCGAUGCAAAGGGGCGAUUCACAGCGUCCUUUGACCUUCUACAGAUGCCCCGAGGACCCAGAGGGGCUUGGUUUUAGAGAAAACGGGCUCGUGUUCCGGAAGGCUAUAAAGAGAUGCUUGGAUCAUAGCACACAAAACAUUCAGCCGCAUUUCCUCGGAGACGACGACGUGGCCACUGCAGUGUGCGCACUUGAAUAUAUGCUUCGAGAGAAAACAGGAAGUGGUGUUGAGAGCCACUGCAUCAGGAACAAUUACACAACGCGGCUAUUUCGCUGGGAACCAAUCAUGCCACGAGCGCAAUGCGAGUUUAUCAUGACAGACUUUAAUGAGUAUAAAGCCCUCGGAAGAGAAGAUCGCGACAUUUAUAAGCGCGUCUUGGUGCCUGCUAUGGCGGCUGUCAUUAAGGGCUCUUAUGAAGUGAUUCAGUACUUGAAAGACUUUGGCACGGAGCUUAAGAUCCCAGCUUAUCUGCAGGAUUGGAGGCAGGAGAUAUAUCUGGUACCCUCCAAGACUACGUUCAGGCGUUUAACAAGUUAA